UUUUCCCCUCACCUCACUCGCAUAACUCCCUCACUCCCCCCGUUUCUUGAAAAUCAAAACACCCGCCGCCCUUGAGAGUCGAAACUCCUCUCCCCCAUACUUGUCACUCAUAUCCCCAUGAGGUCUCUGCGUUUGAGGUGUGAACCGGCAGCCAUCUCCGGAACGACGCUCGCUCCCCCCCUUCUGGUGUAACUCUUCUCAAUCGAAGCCCUGUCCAAGCGAUUUGAGGUUUCAAGCGAGGAGGCCCCAUCGUCGCGCACUUGUUUAGGACGACGAAGCUCACCAAUGGUGCGAACCCCACUGUCAGAGAUGGCGGAUCGGCUGAAGUUACACAUUCCGAGUGACGAGUAUUUCCCCGCGCAGUACUCUGUGUGUUCAGACUUUAGAAAUGCAGCCAAAUGGGUAAAAAAGAGGUUAACUGAAAGACAAAGGGAAGUGUUUAGGGAUUUACCAUGGGGGCAUCUGAUUGACAUCCCAGAGACAGACAAUUCUGGGCAAAUAUUGCACAUGCUGGCCUUACACCUAGUGAAGGAGCAACCGGAUGAUGAGCUGUGGUUUGCCAUUGGGGGUACACUGUAUAAGUUUACUUAUGUGGACUUUUGCUACAUAAGUGGAUUACCACACGGUGCUGAACCAGAACUUGAAG